UCUCUCACCCUCUUUCUCUCUCUAAAUAAUAUAAGGUGGGAACGCAGAGUCAGAAGCGCGAGCGAUGACUUGUGACCGUUUCUUACCCGCGACUUCAAAACGAAGAAGCAGAAAAUUCCAACGAGUUCGAAUACGAUUAAGUCGACCCCAAAACCGCAUAUCAAUUGAUAAUUUAAAGACUCGUAUAGGUUGUUUAUCUGCUAGUCGAUUAUCAAACUUGAAGCCCUUUUCGACCUCUCUCAGACCAUCGAUCCAUUUCUUUUCCUAAAAAACAAGCUUUCGUAUUCAAGAGCUUCCCCUCAUCAUCAAUCGAAGACAUGAGCUGCAGCUGCUUUGGUACCUUAGUUUCACGCCGGAAAAAGGGUGAGGAUCAGGCUCAUCAAGAUUUAGAAGGGCAUUCACUUGUAAAUACAAGGAACUUCCCAUACAAUGAAUUAAGGAAUGCAACAGAUAAUUUUCAUCCAAGCAGUAAGAUAGGUCGAGGUGGUUUUGGAACAGUUUAUAAGGGAAUCCUCAAAAAUGGAAAAGAAGUUGCUGUGAAGACACUUUCUGCUGAAUCAAAGCAGGGGGUGCGUGAAUUUUUGACCGAGAUUGAAACCAUAUCAAAUGUUAGGCAUCCAAACCUUGUUGAAUUAAUUGGAUGUUGUGCUCAUGGAACUAACCGGAUUCUGGUCUACGAAUACUUAGAAAAUAACAGCCUUGAUAGUGCAUUAUUAGGUACAAAGAGAACUAUAAAACUGGAUUGGGAGAGAAGAUCUGCUAUUUGCAUGGGUACUGCUAGGGGCCUUGCCUAUCUUCAUGAAGAACUUGUCCCACAUAUAGUUCAUAGGGACAUCAAAGCCAGUAAUAUACUUCUCGACAAAGACUUCACACCGAAAAUUGGAGACUUCGGAUUGGCUAAACUUUUUCCAGAUACCAUUACACACAUUACCACUAGGAUAGCUGGAACCACUGGUUAUUUGGCACCUGAAUAUGUGUUGGGUGGUCAGUUAACAUUGAAGGCUGAUGUGUACAGCUUUGGGGUCCUCGUAUUUGAAGUAGUAAGUGGCAGAAGCAGUGCAAAAGCAAACUGGGGAGGGAUGCAGAAGUUUCUCCUGGAAUGGGCAUGGCAGCUGUAUGAAGAAGGAAAACUCUUAGAGCUAGUGGAUCCGGAACUUGAAGAAUUCCCCGAGGAAAAAGUCAUCAAAUACAUGAAAAUAGCGUUGUUUUGCACCCAAGCGACGGCAAGCCGGAGGCCUAUGAUGAGCCAGGUUGUUGACAUGUUCUCAAGAGACAUUCGACUCAAUGAGAAGGAACUCACGCCCCCAGGCUUCUACCCUGAUUCAGGUGGACCUAGUGGAUCAUCAUCUUUAAAUAAAAAGUCACUUGAAAGCUCUACUAGCUGUCAGAUGAGCUCUGUACCCACCACCAUCACUCAGGUGACCCCUAGAUAAAGAAUUGAUGCCGAUUACCAUUAUUAAUCCUCAAGGAUGGUGGUUUUCAUUGCUUCGAUUAGGCAGAAAAAUGAAGUUAAUAGCCAUGCCAAGACAAGAACUUGUUUCAGUUCUCGUUUCAUUAAUACAUCGAGUUAUGCAUUGGCGGCUCCCCCCCCCCCCCAAAAAAAAAAAAAAAUUCUUUCCUUUUUUUCACCUAUUCAAGGCUGGGGGUGACGGUGACGAGAACAGAGUUGGGGCUAGAUAUCAAGUAGCUGCGGGUAAAAAGUGUUAAAAACUAAUACUGUGGACUUUAAACGGACACAUUCGAACCGGUGCAGAGUGGUGUUCAUUGGUGUAUUUUCUUUCAUUCAUACUAUUGGCCAAAAGAACUCAUUCGAGUUGUUUAAUUAUGACUUAGAAAAAGUAUAUAUCUGAAGAUAAAACAUUUGGUUUGCGCAGUUGAA